CAUGACGUUCUGCAGUCGCGUCAGCUCUGACGUAUAUAUUCUGCGACACAGGUGGCGUUUCACGGAAGCUCCGUGAUAAACGUCGCUGUAAGGAGAUUUUGCGUUUUGUUUGUGUUUAUCUGAUACGGCUGUAACUUAUACAGGUUUUUCGCCAUGGCCGAACCGGCGCAGAAUGUUAGCUCUAUUCCAAUCGAUGCAAUCAGCAACAUGAAAAUCACAUCGGUUUGGACUUUUCUGCUUUCUAUCCAGUGGUCUGAGUCCUGGUUGAUCGGGUUGGGCUUGUUCCACGCACUCUGUUUCGCCGUGACUCUGGUGACGUUGCGGUUCUAUCGGGCGCAGAUAUGUCACUUCCUUAUUAUGGUGGGAAUGGUCUACUCCGCAGAGUACAUUAACGAAGCUGCCGCUUUGAACUGGAGAUCGUUUUCCAGAUACCAGUACUUUGACUCCAGAGGAAUGUUCAUCUCCCUGGUGUUCUCUGCUCCACUCCUGUGCAACACUAUUAUUAUUGUGAUGGUCUGGGUCUACAGGACGUUUGCGACGAUGACGGAGCUGAAAACUCUGCAGUUAAAGCGGAAGGCAGCGAGAUCAAAGAGCAAAACGGAGUGAAGAUCAAAACGUUCCACACACCUGUGUACCUGUGACAGUCCUAACACUACACACCUGUGUCUGUCUGCAGCACCUUCAGUUCAGUUCAGUUUUAUUUCCUCAGCAAUUUUUACAGAGACACUGUCACAAUCCAAAAUCCAGUGAGUGUGGUUUAAAAAAAAAAAAAAGGCAAAAGACCUGGACAGGGGGAAGGUCCCUGGUGGGAAUCUCAGGAGGAACCCGCUAUGGAGGGGAGCCCAACCUCCUCUAGCUGGCCUGGUGCUGCAUAAAGUUAGGCUGCAAGCAGACAGAUUAUAGCCUGAAGUUUUAAACUAGCUGGUAAAAUAAGACAGUCUAAGCAAAGAAGUGUGUAUUCCUAUCCGAUACCACACACUCUUUAUCAGUAUAUGUUACAGUAUCCCCUGGGGCCACUACAGGGAGCUGGAGGCAGCAGUGCUGUUCUGCCAGAUCCUGCCAGUGGUGGAUAAUUGCACCGAAACAAUGUGCACAGCUCCCGUUGGAUCCAGACGUUAAUUUGGUUAAAAGGUGAGGUUUGGACAGGUCCUUUAAAGGACAGAGACACUCAUCGUCCUGAUUUGUAUUCCCCAUCGAAGAUGGCAGCUUUUUUGUGUUUGUAUGAAAAUCUGGACUUAAUGUGCUCGUCCUGUUGAAGUAGUUUUUCCUUAAAUCCUGAACGCAUGAAUUUUCACUUCUGUCAGAAGGUAUGUGGUUUCUCCAUUCCUCUAACGGGACACAGGUACCUGUAAACAUUAUUUUAAGUAUGCUUCAUUACAUGCCAUUUUGAAGUGCCGUCCUUGAUUAAAAAUUAAAGGACAUGUACAUUCGCAUAGGUAUGUGUUUGAGCAUGUAUGUAUUGUAAAUUAAAUAUUGCAUUUUCAGUAUUUAU